AUGAGCUUCUGCGCCCGAACGAAACUGUUACUGCUGACCGCUACGAACUCCAACUUGACAGUUUGUAGGAUGCUUUCACCUAAAAGCGACCCCAUGUUGCCUAGAAUGUCCUUUAAAAAAAAAUUUCAGUUGAUCAGCUUGUUCAGCCCGCGUACUCUUCGGAUCUUGCUCUUUCUGAUUACCACCUAUUCUGGUCCACGCAAGUCGUUUUGGCAGAUAUACCACAAAAAGGUGUAUGAGUCUUACGGAAUUUGUCCUGGCAAAGGAAUCUUGUUGCAUGGGCCGAGUGGAUGUGGAAAAACGCUUUUGGCUAAAGCAGUGGUGGCUCAUUCUAAAAUCAACUCCAUCUUCGUGAAGGGACCUGAACUUCUGUCAAAAUUCGUUGGAUCAAGCGAAGGCAAUGUUCGAAAAGUAUUUGAAAGAGCCCGCGCCUCUGCACCAUGCGUCAUAAUUUUUGAUGAAUUCGACUCCAUCGCGCCACAACGAGGAUCUGAUUCAAGUGGAGUAACGGAUCGAGUCGUUAACCAACUUCUUACGGAAAUGGAUGGAGUCGACAACAUGUCGGGUGUGUUUGUUAUUGGAUGCUCGAAUAGGAUAGACCUUAUAGAUUCAGCAUUGUUGCGCCCAGGAAGAUUCGAUCAUAUUUUGGAAUGCUCAAUGCCAGAUGAGGUAAAGUAA